CGUCAAUUGAGAAGAAAACUUUCCUGUCAACGAUGUGGCUUUACGCAGCAGCAAUUGCCGGCUACAUCGGUAUAUUUGCUGGUAGUACUCCGUACGGUUGGAGUUCUCCAGUUCUACCUCUGUACGAUGAAGAAAAUUCACCAUUAACCAUCACGGAGGACGAGGGUGCCUGGAUAGCCUCAGCCUUCAUGCUGGGUAACGCGAUAGGUCCUCUGAUGUCACUGGUGAUAUCCCACCUGACAGGAAGAAAAACACUGCUGAUAGCAGCAAGUCUUCCCUGGUUUAUUGGCUGGACGAUGAUAAUAUUCGCUCGUUCUCCAUGGGAACUAUUUGUUUCAAGGAUCAUCUCGGGGACAGGUACAGGUGCGAGUUUCUCAGUUCUACCGAUGUACCUGGGUGAAAUAGCACCAGCAAAUAUUCGUGGAAUCUUGCUCACCAUGAUAACCAUGUCCCAGCGAUUAGCGAUUCUCUUCGCGUACGCGAUUUAUCCAUUCGUCUCGAUCCAGACGAGUGCUCUGAUAUCGCUAGUACUUCCGGUUCCCUUCGUCUGCUGCUUCAUGUGGCUGCCAGAGUCUCCUUAUUAUUUGAUUCGCUGUGGACGUCAUGAAGAGGCCGCUGAAUCACUAGCUGCCCUUCGGGGAACUGCCAAUGUCCAGACGGAGCUGCAGACCAUCAAGAAAUCCGUGAAGGUGGAGAUGGCCAGCAGUGGUGGACUUCGGGAGCUCUUCUGCGUCCCUGGAAACUGCAAAUCCAUGAACAUCGGUCUUGUUCUCCGGUUGUUCCAGCAGUGCUCUGGUAAUCAGGCAAUCAUGAUGUACACUCAGACGAUAUUUGAUCAAGCUAAUGUUGGAUUGGAAGGAAAAUACUUGGCGAUUAUCAUGGGAGUUAUCCAGGUACUUGGAACUCUACUCUGCACUUGGUUCGUUGAUCGUCAGGGUCGACGACCUGCUCUACUCUUCUCAGCAAUUGGCACCAUGAUAUCGACUAGUGCUGUCGCUAUUUACUUUCAUCUCCAGUACUUCAAUGUCAGCACUGAUUCCAUCGAAUGGCUACCCGCCACUGGAUGCAUGAUGUAUGUCGUAUUUUUUUGCUGUGGAUAUGCACCACUGCCAACGACAAUGAAUGGCGAACUCUUUUCAACGAAUGUUAAGUCACUUGGGUGUGCCAUUAAUGUGUCGUUUGCCAAUUUCGUUGGAUUCCUUGUCGGAAAGUCUUAUCAGGUCGUCAGUCAGUCUAUCGGGGUUUAUGUCGCUUUCUGGAUUUUUACGAUUGCCAAUUUUUGGGGGAGCAUUUUUAUUUACUUCUGGAUACCCGAGACCAAAGGGAAAACUCUACAAGAAAUUCAAGAGGAGUUGCAUCAUAAGAAGGGACAGAAUGUUGUGACGUCUUUGUAGAGUUUAUCUUUCAAAUUUUGUUCUCCACUAGCGCAAAUGGCGCAUUUCGCGCGCCUGAUCUCGCCCAUAUGGGAUGUUGUCAUUUGACAUCUAAAAUCCUAAUCUUCAAAGAAUUUUGAAUAUCUAAAAAAAUUACCCAUAAUUUAUGUUUUUUUCUUUAAUUAAAGUCAAGUGAUAAAUACAAUAUUUUUUUUUAUGCUAGACAAAUCGUUAUUUUAGGGCUUUUGGGGCAAGAGAAUUCCCACCCCCUAAAAGGGGUUUUUCCUUCUCCCUUGGUAAUUAAUGGAGAUUUUUCUGAUAUCUCAGCUUCCCGUACUCGUAUGAGCGAUUUAUCUCUCCGUCUUACACGCCAUUGAUGAUUAUUUUUAAAGUAAUAUUGUUUACGAUUUAAAUAGUUUAUGCCAUUUUUUAAUUGUCCCUUAAUUAAAAACAAAUGAUGAAACGAUCGAGUGCGUUUCCGAUUGCUUACACAGAAAAAGAUAAAACUAUCAUUGAGUUCUAUUUGCAAAUAGAGUUUUAUGAUUAAAUCAAUCAUCAUCUCACAUUUCACUAGUGAUUUAUAAUUUCGCUAAUGAGAGGUAAUGAGAGGCAAGUGAAUGGAUAUGAAAUCCCGUAUGAAUACUCCCGGUACUCUGUAAUUUCUCAAUGUCAGUACUCAUCCCUCAAGAAACUUUCCCAUCCUUUUCAUCAAUGACUAAUCCUGUGCAGCAGAAAGCGGAAAAUUUAAUUAUAACAUUAAAAAACAAAUUGAAAGUAUAGACACAUAAUUUUAUACAUAAUCCUGACGCCCCUAGUAUUGAUUGGAAUUUAUGAAUGAGUUGAUCUCACGUAAUGCAAGUGAAAUUCAUUAAUAUUCAUUUAAUAAUGGAAGUACCUUCGUAAUAAUCAAUUGUAUGCUGUACUUUAUUUUUUCUAGUGGAGUAAUACUAAUGAAAAGUCCUCUAAUGAGGGAAUGAAUUAAUGAGGAGAAUUCGUUGAAUAGAACAGUAAAUAUCGUUAGUAAUUAUCCGUUAAAAAUUAUUGAACUAGUUACCCAUUAAGUUUGUGCUGGUUGACAACCAAAUUUUCAUAAUCCCCAGAGUUUUCUCUAAUUCCCUCUCGGGUUAUCGUAAUUCCGCGAAAAGCGUGGGCGAGUGAAUCGUAUUGAUGAUGAAAAUCACGUCCCACAUUUAUCUAUUUAUGUUAAAUUGCGUACGAAUUCAGAAAAUAUUAAACAUGUCAUGCACAAAUAUGAUUUUUUUCA